AUGAUAGAAGGAAAAUUAAACUCACGCCCUCCGUCAGAUGGUAGUAAAAACCCCAACUCGAAAUACAAAACAGGAAAGGGAUGUCAAAACAGGGAGAAGGACGAAAAAAAAAAUCUGGAGCAAAAUGAGGACAUACAAAUUGCUAUCGAUUAUAAAAAUAAUUUGAACACGGAAUGCGUUGGUAAGUUAAACUCCAAAUUUAUUGAUGACAGAGAUCGAGACAAUAAUCAAACGGACGCCUUUUCCGAUAAAAGGGAGAGGAUGGUGAAGGCAUCCCGGCCAGCCUAUUCCGGGAUGCAGGAUGAUUUCAUCUUAGAGGACAUGGAUGACUCCUUCGACGGACAAAAAAACAACAUCAACAUAGUGGAAGUGAAGAGUUGCAGCGCGAAAAAAAAAAUGCUGAAAAUUUUGUACAUCCGAUUGAUAUACGCCCUGUUGUUCACAAUAUUUGGCGUACUCGUCCAGUGUUACUUUAUCAUACUAAGUGACACCUACUACAAGACGGGAGACGAGCCGUUAAGGGAUAGAGUCCAUGAGUUGUACAAAGAAGUACCAUCAUUCAUGAAAACGGCAUUCAUAAAUUCAAGCAUCGCAUUUUUUCUAAUCAUUACUCUAUUGAGAUUUGGUCUAUUUUCUCCCCUCCUGAUUUCCAUUAGUAUGUUAAUUAGGCUACUGUUAAUGCUCUCCUCCAUUUACUGCGUAAGGUCAAUUUUUAUUUACGUCACGACAAUCCCAUGCCCAAUACCUACCUGUCAGCCAGUGAGAAAUAAAAAUCUAAUUGAAAAUUUAUAUACUACUUAUCUGAUAAUAACUGCGCAAGUGUACGAAUGUACGGAUUUGAUUAUUUCAGGACAUACUGCCUUUACCACGGUUUUUAAAUUUUUUUGGAUGUUUUAUGAAAAGAAGACUUACAUAAAAGCGGUGAUUUUCCUUUACUGCCUGUUUAUCUAUGGCAUGAUUGUGAUUUCCAGAUUUCACUACACGGUGGACGUGCUCAUGGGCUACGUCUUCGGGUCCACAUUUUUUCUCUUCUAUCACAGCAUGCUGGAGAUUGCCGCCAAGCGGUACGCCAAGCACAGGUCCUUCUCCCUCAAGAAUUCGAAUUAUGCUGCCUCCUUUGUUGAACGCUGCGCAGUGUUCACCUACUUCAUUCGGAUAAUAGGGUUCAUGGAAGGAUUGGAUUACAGGCUGAACAUGGCAGCUUCGUAUGACAAGGAAUGGAACUGCUUCUGCCCGUGUAAGCCGGUGAAUGCAAAAGGCCUCAUAACAAAAAAGAGGACCGUGAACAACGAAGAGUAUUGCGAUUUUAGCGACCACUUUUACCAUUCCUAUGCUGGCAGCGGGUCCUUUGAUCUAUCAACCCUUAAGAACAUUGUGAACGAAAUCAAGUACCUGUGUGGAAUCAGGAAAAAUAAUUAACUCGUGAAUCUGUGCAUAUGCUCGUAUACAUAUGCGCAUGU